CUGAAUUAAUCACUAACUGUCUUCAAAAAUAUGUACUUUAUUUUCUAGCUCUGGUUUUGUUCUGUACUGAUUUAUUUACGGUGGUGAAACAGAAGCGGAUUGAAUGUGGUGUCCGGAGUGAAGGGCUUGCUGUGAAGACUGAGCUGGAAGUCGCAGUAAGAUGUCUCUGCUCAGAGGUGUAUUUAUUGUUGCUGCCAAACGGACUCCCUUUGGCACCUAUGGAGGAAAGCUAAAGGAUUACAGUGCCACAAAUUUAGCUGCCCAUGCUGCAAAGGCCGCAUUGGCUGCUGGGCAGGUCAGCCAGGAACUGGUGGACAGUGUUGUUGUUGGCAAUGUAAUGCAGAGUUCUUCAGAUGCUGCUUACAUUGCAAGACAUGUUGGACUACAAGUUGGAAUUCCGAUUUCCGUGCCGGCCUUAACAGUAAACAGACUCUGUGGAUCUGGUUUCCAGUCAAUCAUCACUGGAGCACAGGAAAUUUGCCUCAGAGAAGCUGAAGUUGUGCUUUGCGGAGGAUCAGAAAGCAUGAGUCAGUCUCCUUACGCUGUUCGAAAUAUCCGAUUUGGCACAAAGCUCGGGGUUGAUAUCAAGAUGGAGGACACCUUAUGGGCAGGACUGACUGACCUCCACAUUAAAACUCCGAUGGGUCUUACAGCAGAAAAUCUUGCUGAUCAGUAUGAAAUAAGUAGGAGUGAAUGUGAUGCUUAUGCAUUGAAAUCACAGCAGAGAUGGAAAGCGGCUCAUGAUGCUGGUUACUUCAAUGAAGAGAUGGCUCCCAUUGAUGUGAAAACAAAGAAAGGAAAGGAAUCUUUAGCACAGGACGAGCACCCAAGACCUCAGACCACAGCAGAACAGAUGGCCAAGCUACCAACUGUGUUCAAGGAAAAUGGCACUGUCACAGCAGCAAAUGCUUCGGGAGUGUGUGAUGGAGCUGCUGCAGUGAUAAUAGCAAGUGAAGAGGCAGUUCACAAACAUAAGUUGACGCCAUUCGCCAGGGUAAUGGCUUACCAUGUAUGUGGGUGUGAUCCAAGCAUUAUGGGAAUUGGUCCUGUAGCUGCUAUCAAUGGGGUUCUGAAGAAAGCAGGAUUAUCCUUGAAAGACAUGGAUCUAGUUGAGGUCAAUGAAGCAUUUGCCCCUCAGUUCUUGUCCGUGCAGAAGGCUCUGAACUUGGAUCCUGAAAACACCAAUGUAAAUGGAGGCGCUAUUGCAUUAGGACACCCUCUGGGGGCAUCAGGAACCAGGAUAACAGCUCAUCUGGUUCAUGAGCUCAGGCGCCGAGGAGGUAAAUAUGCAGUGGGUUCCGCGUGCAUUGGAGGUGGCCAAGGGAUCGCUCUCAUGAUUGAGAACAUGAAGUAAAAUCACACAAUAAAUAUUCAGCUACAGGAUCAAAGCCACUUUAUCAGGUGCUUGUCGCAGCCUCUGUUUCUGACAACCGUUCCUCCUCAAAUCUAACUUCAUCUCCUUUCAAAGAGUAUGCAACCAAAUUAUUUGUAAUUCUUUUCUUCGGGGGACAAAAAUUAGCAAUAAUUCAAAAGUGGAAAAUACCAGUGCAGGGAAUUGAACUGACAUCUUACUUAUAGCUAUGCAAGAAAAAAAUCAAAUGGAAAUUUUGUGAAAAGUAUAUAAUUGUUAAAAUAUGCCAAAUAAAUACUAAUCUUACUUAU